AUGAUGAAAAGAGUUGUACUUUUAAUUUUUCUCUUUCUACUUUGUGCUGAAAUAAGUCUAACUCUAAGGAACGAAAAUGGGGAAACUCGACCGAAGGAUGGCAUGUUUGUCCAAAUUGAUAGAGAUAUGAAUGAGCCACCUUACUCGGUCAUUAAUGUUUACUACACCGAGUCGCUUAUGAACGAAGAUUUAGUAAAAGAAAUAGAAAACAACAGGAAAAUGGAGCAAAACAAAAUGAAGAAUUAUUUCAGGAAGAAUUUGACAGGCAACAAAUAUUUCAUGGAUUACUCGAAAAAACAAAGGGAACAAAUGGAGUCACUACUCGAUCUGAGUGGAUAG